AUGCUCCGUCGAAGCCAUCGGAAAUCAAGGACGGGCUGUUUGGAGUGCAAGCGUCGACACGUCAAGUGCGAUGAAAGACGGCCAAUAUGCUUUCUUUGCACCAUGUCAGGACGGGCUUGCCGUUAUGCAUCGGAAUCCCCGUCAGAAAACACAUCGACGCCAGACGCUUUUCAGGCAACCCCCGAGAUCUUACGUCCUGAAAUUUUGCCCCUAGCUACAGCAUCUGCGCAGAGCUUCGUUUUGCCGGCAUUUCCACAUAUGGAAAGCCACGAGUCAAUCCCAGUGCUUGACGGGCCAGUCAAUUUAAAUCAUAUGGAACUUCUGAUCCACGUGAUGGUUGACAAGAGUUUAUUCAGCAUAGGCUAUCACGACUCUAACUUCCCUGCAAAUCUCACCACCAGCUUCAGGAUCGGGUUGGAGUCGCCAUACGUUCUGCACCAAUUGCUCGCCUUUUCUGCUCGACAUCUGGCGUUCCUCCACCCUGACCGUGCCGACUCUUAUCUCCAUCAAGCCGUCAGUCUCCAGACGCGUGCGAUCUCACUAUUCAAUGCAUCUCGGAAUGGCGUCGAUGAGUCGAAUUGCGUCGCCAUGCUUCUUUUCUCAGCAUUUCUUGGCCAUCACACGCUCACUGACACGCUAGCUAAGCGGGAUGCAGGAGGCUUGGAGGCAUUCAUGUUUUACUUUAUUCAGUGCAUUGAUAUGCAAAGAGGCGUCCAUGCCAUCGCUCAAACCGCAUGGCCCUUGCUGAUGAAAUCGGAGCUUAAACCACUCCUGUCGUGGAGCUCACAAUACAAUACCCGACUACCACGUGGGAACCACUGCCAGCAACUCAAUGAGCUUGUAGAUAACUCUAACGGCCUUAGCGAAGAAGAAAAGGAAGCUUGUCAGGAGGCAGCAAGAUGUUUGCAAAUUGGAUUCGAUGCGGUUUUUGCGGACAAAGACGAGGAGCGCGGCAAUCGGUUUCACAUGGUCCACUCAUGGGUAUUGCUACUACCACCGCCACUGAGAGGAUUACUUGUAACUAAACGACCUGAAGCAUUGGUAUUGCUGGGAUAUUAUGCGUUGCUGUUACAUUAUGGGAGGAAUCUGUGGCAGAUUGGUGAUGCUGGGGCAUUCAUUUUAGGCAUUGUGAAUGACCAUCUCGGUUCGGAAUGGGCUCACUGGCUCAAAUGGCCACGAGAAGAGGUAGCAAAGACUCUUGUUGCAUGA